UUUGAAUUUUAUUAAAAUUUUGUAAAAUAUGGUAGAUAAACGCCGACGGUACGAAAAAAUAGACUUUCUUGGUGAAGGACAGUUUGCUACUGUUUAUAAAGCUCGAGAUGUUACCACUAAUAAAAUUGUGGCUGUUAAGAAAAUAAAAAUUGGAAGUAGGGAAGAGGCUCAAGAUGGAAUUAACAGGACGGCAUUGAGAGAAAUAAAAUUGCUACACGAAUUAGAACACGAAAACAUUAUUGGUCUACUUGAUGUGUUUGGACAUAAGUCGAAUGUUUCGCUGGUAUUCGAUUUCAUGGACACAGAUUUAGAAAUUAUUAUAAAGGAUUCCAAUAUUAUUUUAACUCAAUCUAACAUCAAGGCAUACAUGAUUAUGACCUUACAAGGUUUAGAAUAUUUGCAUCAAAAUUGGAUUUUGCACAGAGAUUUAAAGCCAAAUAAUUUAUUAAUAAACUCGGAUGGAAUUUUGAAAAUUGGAGAUUUUGGUUUAGCAAAGUUUUUCGGUUCACCUAAUCGAAUUUACACACAUCAAGUUGUUACCAGGUGGUACAGAUCCCCCGAACUGUUAUUUGGUGCUAGGCAAUAUGGAAUUGGUGUAGACAUGUGGGCAGUUGGAUGUAUAUUAGCAGAAUUGUUAUUAAGAGUUCCUUUACUACCAGGCGAUAGUGAUUUGGAUCAAUUAACGAAAAUAUUUCAAACUUUAGGGACUCCAACAGAAGAAAGUUGGCCUGGUUUGAAACUAUUGCCAGAUUUUAUGCAAUUUAAACAAUUUGUAGGAACCCCGAUUCAGCACAUUUUUACAGCUGCGCCAGAUGAUCUCUUAGAUCUUAUAGGAAAAUUAUUAGAAAUAUGUCCUUUGAAAAGAAUUAGCUGUACAGAAGCAUUGAAUAUGCCUUAUUUUUACAAUAAACCUACACCAUCAGCAGGACAUAGGUUACCCAUGCCGGUUGCUAACAAAAAGAAAAAUGAAAAUUCAACAAAUUUGAAAAGAAAAAUUGAAGCUGUAGAAAGUGGUACUUUGCCAAAAAAAUUAUUGUUUUAAAAAAUAAUUUUUCAAAACUUGUAUUAUUUAAAUUUUUUUAAAGUACACUUGAAAAAUAUUCUAUGAAAUUGAUAAUUUAAAUCCGAUGUAAAUUUUUGAAUUAAAUAUUUGUUCGGUUUUUAAUAUGUUAAA